CAAAUGUCAAUUGCACUUCUGUGCACAGCCGCCGUCGCCGCGCUCGUCGUCCAGCAGCCGGUCGUGUCCUCUCGCCGCUCGCCCGCAGUCAUGUCCGCUGAUCGCACAUUCGCGCCCGCCGAGGCCAAGGGCGGCACCUCCGUGGACACCAAGAAGACCGCGGUCCUCUUCAUUGAGUACCAAAACGAAUUCACGACGGAGGGCGGCAAGCUCCACGGCGCCGUCAAGGAAUGCAUGGACGAGACAGGCAUGCUCGAAAAGAGCUCGGCACUCGCGAGCAAGGCACGGACGGCCGGCGCAAAGGUCUUCCACGCACCGAUCAGCUUCAAGGAGGACGCGAGCGACAACCCGAACAAGGGGCUUGGCAUCCUCGCGGGAUGCGCCGGCGACAAGCUCUUCACCGAGGGGAGCUGGAACGCCGACUUCCACCCGUCCAUGCAGCCGCAGCCGGGCGACGUCGUCGUCCAAAACAAAAGGGGCCUCGACGCCUUCCCGGGCACUGACCUCGAGGCGCAGCUCAAGGCGAACGGCAUCGAGACGGUUGUGCUGGCCGGGUUCCUCACCAACUGCUGCGUUGAGUCGACCAUGCGCACCGCCUACGAAAAGGGCUUCAACGUGAUCACGCUGACCGACGCGUGCGCGACGACCUCCAAGGAGGGGCAGGCGGUCACGGGCGGCUCGUAUGGCAUGUUCUCCACGCCGAUGACGGUGGCCGACUACGAAAAGAUGCUGUAAGGCGGGUGUGCCGGGCCGGCGCCGCGAGCGUGUCGCGCGCAAAGGCGAAGGACGCCCGACAGCCCGGGCCCCAGCGCGGGCGGGAGACGCGACACAAGCGGUCACGCUCUGUCGUUCACACUCUUCUGGCAGUUCGGAUGUUCGGUACUCCCGUGUAGUCGCGUUAGGUACAUGUAUGAAUGUGUAGUUGAGUAGGUCCAUCC